CUCAGCCGCGCUGGUGCAGCAGGAGGAAGCGCCGUUUCCGGUAAUGAGCGACUGACUGCUGACAAACCCCGACGACAAACCCGCUGCUUUCGGCAUCUACCGGCGUGAAAUUGUCCGCUCUCAUCCGGGCGGGACGUCAGACGGGUUCCAGCAAAACGUUCGGCUGGAGAGAGGCGUGAAGCUGCAGCAGAGCCGCGGGGUUUGAGCCUCCCAGCGCCGGUAUGGCCCGCGACUACGAUCACCUCUUCAAGCUGCUGAUCAUCGGUGACAGCGGUGUCGGAAAGAGCAGUCUUCUCCUGCGCUUUGCAGACAACACUUUUUCAGGUAGUUACAUCACCACUAUAGGAGUGGACUUCAAGAUCCGGACGGUGGAGAUUAAUGGAGAGAAGGUGAAGCUGCAGAUUUGGGACACAGCUGGACAAGAGCGAUUCAGAACCAUCACAUCUACGUAUUACAGAGGAACCCAUGGGGUCAUAGUAGUGUAUGACGUCAGCAGUGCUGAAUCCUUUGUUAAUGUCAAGCGUUGGCUGCAUGAAAUAAACCAGAACUGCGAUGACGUCUGUCGAAUAUUAGUGGGCAAUAAAAAUGACGAUCCAAACUCUAAGGUUGUGGAGACGAAUGACGCAAAGAAGUUUGCUGAGCAGAUGGGCAUCAGCCUGUUUGAGACGAGCGCAAAAGAGAACAUCAACGUGGAGGAGAUGUUUAACUGCAUCACAGAGCUGGUGCUCCGGGCAAAGAAAGAGUCUGUGGCCAAACAGCAGCAACAGCAGCAAAACGAUGUGAUUAAACUCGGCAAAAAUAGCAAACGGAAAAAAAAAUGCUGCUAGUGGAUGAACAAGUGUUCUUCUGCACGGUGAUCUGCACUUGCAGAUGGACUGUGAUCAUCUCACUUAAGAUUUCACAAAAACACAAUGUGUACAGAUGCAGGCCUUUUUGGACCGAGACAAACCACAGUGACUUUUUAAAAGAAAAUGUACAGAUUUUAUCAGAGUCAAGGAUUUUUAUUUGGAAUUCGUGAUAUUUAAUAAAAGAUCUUCCUUCUUUAUUGAAGGACCAGCAAGCUGACGUGAUCGCCAAACCGUGCAGGUUUAUGUAUGCUUACUCUCUGUAUACUCUACAGUGAUUAUAUAUCUCUAUUAUCCACCAUCUCAGGAGUGAUUUUUAUUUUCUUCUUUAUUUUGCUUCUCUGUCUUUUUUUGUGGAAUGCCAUUGUUUGUUUUCUGCAUGAACAAUUUGGGCCUUUUUUUUUUUUUAAUCCUCUCUUUAUUAUUAUUUUUUUAAUGAAAGCAUACAAUUACAGAAAUUUACUCAAAAUGGACUCAAAAGGAUGCCAACAACUUUGUUUUUAUUUUAUUUUUUAGAUAAUAUCAAUUAGUGAUUGGUCUUUUUUUUUUUUUUUUUUUUUUUUUUUAAGCCUGUAUCAUUGGGUUAACCUUGCAAAAAAAGCUUCUCCAGGUCACAUAAAAUUUUGUAUUAUAUUUUGCAUAAAGAAAAUGAAGCCUAUGUUUAGGAUCAAGCACAUUUAGUCUGAAAUUCCCAUAGCCAAUGCAAGAAAUUUUAUGUUUCUAAAUUGUAAAGUAAUUCUACAUCAUGAUAGUAUUUGUUGUACAAAAAUGGGAUACAGAAAGGGAUACAAAAAUGUGUUGUUCAAAGAUGUAUUUGUGUCCCUUAAAAGAAAAAGACUAUUAAAGCAACAAGAAUUGACUGAGAAAUUAAAACACAUUGAUGCCUUUCAGUAAUGUGCAUACAAAAGAGCAUUAGCAUUAAUCAAGAAAAAAAAAAAACAAGUCUUAAAUUAGGCUUAAUUUCUUCAUGGAAAAUGUAAUUUCUGUUUGUCCUUUAGAUUAACAUGGUCUCAUGAGAUUCACCGCAUUAGUUCAGGCUUCGGGUCUUCAUGAUGUGGACAAGCAGAGCUCUUACACAUUCACAGAUGUCUUCUGCCGCUUCGGGCUUGAGUUUUUCUGCUUUGUUUUUCCCAUGAAGAUGAAGAGGAUGAGAGUGGAUGAUGCUGUCAUAAUCUCAAAACAGUCCUUUCCUUCAGUGUUGCCAUAUAGUCGUCCUCCGUAUCAGCCGUUUGGAGGACGGGUUUGUGAGUGCAUUCAGUCAAAGCUGAUGUUAAGAACAAGAUUUCUUCUUCUGCAUCUUAUGGAAGAGCAGCGUUGUUGUGCCAUAUGAGGUUAAAUGAUGCACAAACAUCUGGACCCAGAAGAAGUCGAUACAAGCAAGGUUUAAAAACAUACAUCACCGUUUAUGCACAGUUGCAAACGGUGUAUUGCUAAUGUGAGAUGUAAUGUGUUUUAUAUGUGGCAGGGAGAUGUUAUGUUAAAGCGUUUAAGCCAAAGGGGUGAAUCAGAAUCUUGGGUUCAUCCUUAAAAUUUUUACUGAACCGGCUUUAUGGCAGAUCAGUCUGUGUGAUCUUUCAUUGGCGUCUCUAUGGAGGUGAAUCUCACAAAAACAUGACCAUGUCCCAAUUCACAUAAAAAGAAAAUGUGUAUGUUAUUGUAAAAUCUUGGCAUCAAGGUUUUUUAAAUGCAUCUGCAUGAGUCAUUGCACAAAAUUUUCCCCCAUAAAAGUGGGAAAUUUUUUUUUUUUUUUGCCACCUUUAUAACUUUUUUGAUUAUUUGUGUUUUUGUUUUGCAUUAAAAUGUUAAUGUAAAAAAAAUUAAAAAGUUUUUGCAGAUAAUUAAAUACAUGAAUGUGGUCUUUUUAUAUACAGAAUAUAAAUUAAAAUCAUUAUGAAAUAGUUAAUUGAUCUUGUUUUUUGUAAUGCAAUGAAUUUAAUUACAGCAACAAAAAAAAAAGAUAUAUUAAGGCCUCAAUACAUGCUUAUAUAAUAUAAUAUAAAUGCUUUAUACAUACAUACAUAUAUAUAUAUAUAUAUAUAUAUAUAUAUAUAUAUGUAUAUACACACUUGAAUUUUGUUUUUGAGUGGUUUUGUGAGAUUCACCAAUAGAAAUAUUUUCAUGGUUUUUAUUAAUUCAGUAGGCCAAAACACACCGCAAGCCCAGGCUGUGCUGUCAGCCGAUUUCAACCCAGUCAUGUGACAUCAUAAGUGUGCAUAUAGGUGCACUUUUGACAUAUAACAUGUCCAUGCAAAACUGUGCUGGUUGAAAGACUUUUUCAGCUGUGGUUAUAUUAUACACUGGAGAAAAGAAAUGUAUAGUGGACCUCCCCUUUAUGAAUGAAAUCAUUAAUAAAUAUUUUAAGAAUGAGUAUUUGACACAA